CCCUCCCCUUUCAGUUCUUAGCCUCAAAGAGAAAAAAAGCUGUUCCCCUCCAGCACAGAGAAAAGGGAAGCGCAGCAAGCCAGAACAACGGCGAAUUCGAGUUUGGAGUGAAAUUGACCAGGGCCUGCCGGAAAGCCACGCAGUGCCUGAUUACAGCAGCCUUGGGGGCUUAGGGCGGUGGCUCCGCUCAGGCGUGGUCUAGGCAGUAGAGAUCUUCCUCUGCAGCAGGACUUAUGUUCCCAGCCCCCGGAUUCUCAGAAACCUUAGUGAUUGUGACGCCAAGGACAUAGGGAGAGGAAGCCUAAUUGAGGUGCUGCUAAAACUGGCUGAGGCUAGAUUGCCGCCUGCGCCCUUCUCCGAAGAGACCACGAGAGUCCAUCUUGCCUGCCCACCACCUAGCCUGCUUGCCCACCUCCCAGCCAGCUUACCUGUCUGCCUCUCUCUCUGCUUUUCACUACUGCUUGCUGCCCUCCCCAGGCUUAGGGCAGGCUGUAGAAGACGGCGCGCCAGGCUCGACAACGCUGGAAUCAGCCUUCACAAUCCGCAGCAAUGCGUUGGAGAAGCAUGCUGCUGGCAGCCAUCACCCUCACCUUACUCAGCAUCUUCUUGGUCAUUUGGAUGUUAACCUGGAACUGGUCUGUCCAUUACCUCCCAUAUUACCUCCCCUGCCCAGAAGCCUUUUCUAUGAAGUUGCCAGCCACAGAAGAAAAGAAAUUUCGACCUUUUCCCCAAUUACUCUAUCCUCAGCCGAAGCUGUUAGAACAGCAACGAAAAGAUGUACUGACGCUUACACCAUGGCUGGCUCCAAUUGUCUCUGAAGGGACAUUCAACUCAGAGCUCCUGAAUAAUGCCUAUAAGCCGCUGAAUCUCACCAUUGGGGUCACAGCAUUUGCCGUGGGGAAAUACACAAGAUUUGUCAGUCGUUUUCUGGAAUCAGCUGAAGAAUUCUUCAUGCAAGGCUUUCUGGUGAACUAUUAUAUCUUCACUGAUGACCCAGAGGCAAUACCCCAUGUUCCCCUGGGACCUGGCCGAAACCUCUCAGUCAUCCCUAUCCAGGGCUUUUCCCACUGGGAGGAAAUUUCCAUGCAUAGGAUGGAAUCAAUCAACAAAUUCAUUGCCUCCAGGGGCCAUCGGGAGGUAGACUAUCUUUACUGUCUUGAUAUAGACAUGGUGUUCUGGAAUCCUUGGGGUGCAGAGACUUUAGGAGACCUGGUGGCUGCCAUCCACCCUGGCUACUUUACUGUUCCUCGGUGGCAGUUCCCUUAUGAACGGAGGCCCUUGUCCACGGCUUUUGUUGCUGAUGGUGAAGGAGACUUCUACUAUGGUGGGGCAGUCUUUGGUGGUCGAGUGGAAAGGGUGUAUGAGUUCACAGGGGGCUGCCACAUGGCCAUUCUGGCAGACAAGGCCAAUGGCAUCAUGGCAGCGUGGCAGGUGGAGAGCCACCUGAAUCGGCGCUUCAUUUCCCACAAGCCCUCCAAGGUCCUGUCCCCUGAGUACCUCUGGGAUGACAAGAAGCCCCAGCCACCCAGCCUGAAGCUGAUUCGCUUCUCUACACUGGACAAAGACUCCAUGAACCUGAAGGACUGAUGGGCACAGGCCAGGGAUCUUUGUUCUCGCCCAAGGCUAUUGGGAGACAGAGGUGACCAGAGCUUUCUGUGGUCACCGAGGACAUGGCGGUGAGAGACUAGGGACGGGGCUGGAAGUAAAGAAGCCAUGGAGUGAGUUUUUUAAAGGGCAGACAGGGCCCAUGUAAAGGAAAACCUGUGGCUUUAUACAUAGGCUGCUACCUUCAAGGUUUGUUCUCACCCAAAGCAUUCACAUCCAUCUUAGUGUCACAGUGUUUGAAAAUCCACCAUUAACACUUUUAACAUUUCAUUAAGCAAUCCCCAAGAAUGGCCAAGGGGAGUGAGAACACAUGUUAGUUCAUCAGACAAUUUCCUGCUGUUACAAAGGUCCCAGGCCAAGAGGAAGACACUGGUUACCUAGAAAGAAAGAGGAGUCCUGGACAAGGAGGAAGACUUUGAACUCAAACUUCACUAAGUUUGUAGUUUUGUUAUGAGCCGUUGUUUUGUAUAAAGCAGAGUGAGAGGAACAGAACUGAGGCUGAUUCAAACUCUAGGAAAAAAUGUAGUAACAAACAAACACAAAAUGAUGUGGGUUCUUGCCUGGCUUUGGUGCUUACUACUGUAGGCUGUGUGACCUAGAGCAAGUUAUGAUCUCUUGAUACCUCAGCCUACCCACUUGUAAAAUGUGGAGAAACGUUUCCCUGCUGACCUCACAGUGGUGUUGUGAGGGCUAAAUAUGAAUGUGAAAGUGCUUUGUGAACUGUAAAACACUAUGUACGUGUGAA